AUGACCCUUUUCAAUAUGCAUCCGGAUUCUGUAGGGUCGAAGCCUUUCACAUUACACUUUGAUCCCAAGAGGACUCUUGAGGCUACUGCCAAAAUUCUUCGAUCAUCCAGCGACGACCAUUAUGCCUAUGAACGCGACGGCGUUUGGUUCGCUGGCAUAGGCCAUAAGGCUUCUUUGACGUUGGCCCCGGAUGGGAAAACAACGACUGUUUCGACUGGGACCAACACAGUAACGACUGACACCGGCCCCGAUUUCACUGAUACCGUUACAACCUUUAUUCAACAGCAUCAUGCCGCAGAUCAAAAAGUCUUCGGAUUUGUUGGUUUCAACUACUCAGCAUACAUCCGGGGAAUGAAAUUCGCCCCGGGUAAAUGGCCCCUAGUCAACCUCUUCGUCCCUCGCAUUUUUCUCGAAGUUAGUGGGGGCACACUUCAAAUUUGGAAUGGUAACAACGAUGACAUUGCGUCCAUGAAAUUGCAACUUGACGAACUCAACGUGGAGACACUAUCGGAGUCAAAGUUCACACCUGCCCAUAUAGCCUUGAAUCAGGACCAUGAUGAAUACUUUCAUACCGUGCAACAAGCUUUGAGUUCCAUCACUAGUGGCAAAUAUGAAAAGGUCAUUGCAUCCCGCCAAGUCAGGAUCUUAGGACAAGUGGACAUGAUCAAAACACUUAUUCGUGGUCUUCAAAUGAACACUCCGAAAAGAACAUUCAUCUUACGUCAAGGAGGCUUCGAGGCAACAGGUUUCAGUCCAGAACUAGUCAUGUCUGUUGUCAAUAACCAUGUCACAACCGAACCAUUAGCGGGCACUCGUUCAAAUGUUGGCACUGAUGAAGAACGCCAGAAGCUGAAGGCGGAAUUAAUCCGUGACCCUAAAGAGAUCGUCGAACAUGUUGUCUCCGUAAAGGAGGCUAUUCAAGAGAUGAAUCAUUGCUGUCGACCAGACUCAGUAUCCGUCCAUGACUUUAUGACGAUAAAAAAUCGCGGAAGAGUACAACAUAUUGGGUCUUCGGUUCAAGGGCAGUUGGACCCCCUCAAGAAAGCAUGGGACGCAUUCAAUACUCUGUUUCCUUCGGUUACAGCGAGUGGAAUUCCGAAAACUUCAGCCCUGAAAGCCAUCGCCAACCUCGAGCCUCGGCCUCGUGAACUAUAUUCCGGAGCAGUUCUCCUCAUAGAUAACAGUGAGGUCUUGGAAGCUGCGCUCGUUCUGCGAUCAGUGUUUCAGGAUAGAAAUGGGCAAUGGGUCCAAGCAGGAGCUGGUAUUGUUGAAAUGUCAAAGGAAGAAAGAGAAUACACUGAAACAUGCGAGAAGCUACAAAGCUUCGCUCCUUUUAUCGUUCUGAAGUCCUCGGAUAAGUGA